CCAUAUUAAGGUUGAAUAACCAAGCACUUGGAACUGAGAGAGCAAGACGACCAAACCAUUUACAACAACAAAGUCCAUUUCCGAUAGAUAAAAGCCAAGAGAUUGUCAGCGACAAUGGCACAACUGAACGAUGAAGACAAAUUGAAACUGAUCAAAGAGGCUGUGAAAAGUUAUCCGGAUUUUCCGGUGGCUGGAGUGCUUUUCAGGGACUUAUUCAGCGUGCUACAGAACCCGCCACUAUUCGCCCUACUUAAGGAGUUGCUGACAAAGAAGGCCCAGGAAAUAGCGCCAGCAGUGCAGAGCGUCGUGGGCUUGGACGCCCGGGGGUUCCUACUUGGGCCCCUCAUCGCUCUGGAGUUACAAAUACCGUUUGUACCCAUUCGGAAGAAGGGCAAAUUGCCUGGUAAAGUGCGCAGUUUGAAAUACGCCCUGGAGUACGGAGAGGAUACUGUGGAGAUUCAAGAAGGCGCCAUCCGGCCAGGGGAGCGGGUGCUCAUAGUGGACGACUUGUUGGCCACUGGGGGCACUUUAAAUGCCGCCUGCCAACUGGUGGAACAAGUCGGGGGCCAAGUGGUACGCAGCAUGAUUGUCAUUGAAUUAGUGGGCUUGAAAGGAAGGGCCAAACUACCCGUAGAAGUCACAUCUCUAAUACAAUUCUAAUGCCGUUCCAGUUCUUUGAGCAGUUGAUCAAAUAUACGUGAUUGCCUGCCA